UCUUAACCUUAUAUCCACGUAAUUACGUAAGUACAUACUGUACUAUACUAUUCUUUUAUAUAAAUUUAAUUUAUUUGCGAAUUAUUUGAGCUACAUCAUUUUUUGGCGGUGAGUCGAUAACAAUGAAGUGGCGCCCUCGAUUUCAAGGUGGAGAACUCGAGAACGAUUUGAAUUAAUCAGCUGAAAACGAGAUUUGCAAUUCGCAGUCUACACCCAGUCGCAGUUGCAUUUAAAUAUAAGAUUAUUUGUGCUGUGACAGUUAAUUUAUGUAUCAAAUUAUUAACAAUCGCGUUAUUUACCACAUGAGACACUCGUCGUUGAUAUUCCGUUUUUCCUGAUUAACCUGCAGGCUUGUCAAAUACAUCGACCAAUGUUACUUUGCGCACAACCAGCAAACAAAAAUGGAAGAAAUCAGAGAAGCCAUUGGCAUUGACAAAGUAUGCAUGGAUGGACAUGUAUUGUUUAUUGAGGAACAGCAUGGUGCGAAUGCGAAUUUUGUUCUCCAAGCCAUCACAUCCCAUUGCAGAAACAACAAUGUCAUCACUUGUUUUGUUUUGUUUCACAAUACAUUUGGUCACUUUCACAACGUGGGAAUGAAGUUUGGGUACAAUCUCAGAAAAUGCCAUGGCUCGAGUGUUAAAGUGGUAGAACCUCUGAAAAUAAUAUCUAAAAAUAUUGGUCGAGAAAACAAUGACGCCAGCAAUACUUUAGACUUCAGUAAGCCACUGGAAUUUGAUAUAAAGAGCAGAACUGAUGAACUGGUUAAAAAACUAGUUAAAGUUAUUAAAGAAAAUUGUGUGUUGAUCAAGAAGGAAAUGCCGUCUCAAAAAGUCUUUUUAAUUCUGGACGAUUUAAGCCACCUUUUUGAUUUAGGAUUAAAUAUUCAGGAUGUUUGGCUUUUUAUCAGAUAUCUGAGAUCGUUUGUCAAUGUAGAGCCACGUUUGACACUUUGUAUAGCAAGCCAUACAAACAAAGUAGACCAGGAGGCCUACCCACCAAAUUUGGUAGCAACUGGAUUGGAAUAUUUCUCUGAUCUGGUUAUACAUGUACAGCCACUGGAAACUGGAUAUUCGAAAAGUGUUUCUGGAAAGAUGAUCAUUAGCUGGAAGUCACAGGAAGAAAGAUUAAAAUUCAAGUGGCCAGAGGAAAUAAUGUAUCUAUACAAGCUGUACGACCGUCAAGUGAAGCUGUUUGCUCCCGGAAGUUCGAGUAUCAUGUAAAUAUUUUGUACUUUUAUAAACAUUUAAAGUCUUAAAAUUUAUUUUUGAAUGAUAUACAUAUACUUGAGCACAUAGAUGUGAGAAAUAUAAUUCCAUGUUAAUUUUGUUAA